AGUCCCCCCCUCCUCCUUACUCCAGAUACCCAAUGGAUUUUCUCAAACCAACUGCAGCCUGUCCAGAUGCUGUGCCUUCCUCCGUGGAAACCGGGGGAACGAAUUAUCUGGCCCCUGGGGGGCUUUCAGAUUCCCAACUUCUUUUGAAACCUGGGGAUCGGUCACACUGGUGCGUGGUGGCAUACUGGGAGGAGAAGACGAGAGUGGGGAGGCUCUACUGUGUCCAAGAGCCCUCCCUGGAUAUCUUCUAUGAUCUACCUCAGGGGAAUGGCUUUUGCCUCGGACAGCUCAAUUCGGACAACAAGAGUCAGCUGGUACAGAAAGUACGGAGUAAGAUUGGCUGUGGCAUCCAGCUGACGAGGGAAGUGGAUGGCGUGUGGGUGUACAACCGUAGCAGUUACCCCAUCUUCAUCAAGUCCGCCACACUGGACAACCCGGACUCCAGGACGCUGUUGGUGCAUAAGGUGUUCCCUGGUUUCUCCAUCAAGGCUUUCGACUAUGAGAAAGCAUACAGCCUGCAGCGGCCCAAUGACCAUGAGUUCAUGCAGCAGCCAUGGACGGGCUUCACCGUGCAGAUUAGCUUCGUGAAGGGCUGGGGCCAGUGCUACACCUCAACAGCCGGUAGUUGUGUGGGGAGAAGAGGACAGGACGGAGCGUGAGCCGAGCAGGCCACCAUUCAAACUACUUGCUGCUAACCUUUCCCUCCCGAGUGCUUGCUUUUCAUGCAAACUCUUUGGUCGGUUUCGUUGUUACCAUUGUUGGUGUUGUUUUUUGUUUUUGUUUUAUUUUUGUUUUUCCUUCUCGUUGUCCUUGUUUGUGUUUUGUCUUGUUCUUUGAGAAAUAGCUUGUGAUGAAUUAGUUUGUUUUGGUUUUUUUUAUUUUUUUAUUUUUUUGAGGUGGUGGGUGUGGUCGACAGGACACCCCGACAUGAAAAUGGGAAGCAAAAGUCAGCACUGCCAAAUAUGGUAUAUGAAAGUGGGUACUGCCUUCCCUUCGGAUCGGCAUUGUCAGGAGUGGAUGUUCGGUCGUGUAGGGUUGUGCAUGAACGGCAGAUGGGGAGAUGCUUUUUGUGUUCCUUAUGAAUGUCCCCAGCUGAGAGUCUGCAGUUUCAAGCUGUUUGUCUCUCGAGCCCUUUGGACAUGCUCAGUGGGGCAGAGGCAGUACCUGGGCAGACUGGCAGCAGGGGUUCCAGCAGCUGCCAAACUUUGCCCCAGCCUGCCGAAGCCCCUGCCCUGCCUCCCCCCUUUUAGGACACGGGCCUAUCCACAGGCUUCUGAGAAGCCAGCCUGCUAGAGGCUGAACCAGAACCAAUUGUUUUCAUCCCUGUCUUACUGCCUCCUGUCACCCCGCUGCCAUGCCCAUGUCUGUCUUUUUUGGCCAUCUGCUCCUGGAUCUCUUUCUUGAGAUGGGCUUCCUAAGGGCUGCAGGGACAGCCCAGUCACAGUAUUGCUAACCCAGGACCCUCGGGCCCUUCAGCCGGUCCCCCUGCUGUGGUUUUUCAUCAGGUUUCUCCCAGAUGUGGAGAGUCAGCUCAGCACCCCAUCCCCAGCCUGUAUGUUGAGCUCUAUAGACCAGGGAGGGGCAUCCCUGGGAGGGAACUGCUCAGUGGCCCCCUUCCCAACAAGAAGGGUGUGGCCUGUCAUAGCGAAGGUACCAUCCUAGGCUGACUCCCAGCUCUUCUCUCAACUCAUACACUCGUAUGAUACUUUGACACUGUUCUUAGCUCAAUGAGCAUGUUUAGACUUUAACAUAAGCUAUUUUUCUAACUACAAAGGUUUAAAUGAACAAGAGAAGCCUUCUCAUUGGAAAUUUAGCAUUGUAGUGCUUUGAGAGAGAAAGGACUCCUUAAAAAAAGCUGAGAUUUAUUAAAGAAAAAUGUAUUUUAUGUUAUAUAUAAAUAUAUUAUUACUUGUAAAUAUAAAGACGUUUUAUAAGCAUCAUUAUUUAUGUAUUGUGCAAUGUGUAUAAACAAAAAUAAAGAAAAGAUGCACUUUGCUUUAAUAUAAAUGCAAAUAACAUGCCAAAUUAAAAAAGAUAAACACAAGAUUGGUGUUCUUUUCUAUGGGUGUUAUCACCUGGCUGAAUGUUUUUCUAAAGGAGUUUAUGUUCCAUUAAACAAUUUUUAAAAUGUAUACUUCA